GGAGAGCAGGCUCUGACAGGAGUGAGACCGCCCAGGAUGUUCAGCUGCCUCCCAAAACUGACCUCAGCGCUGCUGAGCCACAAGCUCAAGGCUCUGUUUAUCCUCAUUAUUUCAUUUGUGUUCUUUGCUUCUGUCAUGUUCUACUGGAGAACUGGGGAGGACACUGAGGGCCAGAUCUACAGCUUGCCUACACAAAGCAGAUGUGAACAGCUUUUGCCUUCUCCUCCCCGUCCCACUGCUGGUGAGCCCCCUCCUUCCCCAGGGGAUGUGUUUUUUGUGGAGACCUCGGACCGAACUAAUCCAAGUUACUUGUUCAUGUGCUCUGUGGAGUCAGCGGCUCGGACGCACCCGGAGACAAGGGUCGUGGUGCUCAUGAAAGCCUUGGCAAACAUUAACGCCUCGUUACCCAACCACUGGGGCUUCUCGUUGCUGAGCUGCUUCCCCAACGUGGAAAUCCGGCCCCUGGACUUGCCAGAGCUUUUCUCUGGAACACCUCUGGCAAAGUGGUACUCACAGGCUCAGCACCGCUGGGAGCCUUAUUUCCUAGCCGUCCUGUCUGAUGCCUGCAGAAUUACCAUCAUGUGGAAAAUUGGUGGCAUCUACCUGGACACAGACUUCAUUGUGCUUAAGAACUUAAAGAACCUCACCAAUGCCCUUGGUAUCCAGGAUCAGGAUGUACUGAAUGGGGCCUUUCUGUCCUUUAAACCCAAGCAUGAGUUCAUGGAGCUUUGCAUGCAGGACUUUGUGGAUAACUACAAUGGCUGGAUCUGGGCGCACCAGGGCCCAGAGCUCCUAACGCGUGUCUUCAAGAGGUGGUGCUCCAUCAAAAAUAUCCAGAACGAUAUGAACUGCAAAGGCGUGAGUGCUCUUUCCCCAGAAGCUUUUUAUCCUAUUCGCUGGGAGGACUGGAAGAAGUUAUUUGAAACAAUCAGCCCCUCGGAGCUUCAGAAGCUCCUUAAGAACACAUACGCAGUACACGUAUGGAACAAACUGAGCCAUGGGACAAAGCUAGAGAUCACGUCCCAGGCUUUGCUGGCUCAGCUGUAUUCUCAGUUCUGCCCUGCCACAUAUGCGAAGAUGAAGAAGGACUCUGAAGAGCAGUCAGGGUCUGCAGUGUGA